CAAGAAUUUCCACAAGGUGGAUUGUUCCAAAUUGGGUGUCCAAUCAAGUGGAGGCGAUCAAUCGGAGCCGAAUCAAUCGAACCAAACCAAAGGCGGAAGGGCAGCUUUGACCGAAAUCCACUCCAAACAGUGAUUGAUUGACGUCGAUUUCUCACUCCUUCUACUAAGUUGGGUUUUAUCGACAGCCUGCGGUCUGCGUGAAUACCAGCAGCCGCAAGAGCUCGUUUCCACCAUGGUGCUCCGAGUCAAUAUCCCCCCUGCGACCCGAACCUGCCUCAUUACUCUGCUCACCCUCACCCUCCUGUACAAUAUCGCCCGAUGGCGACAGAUUGAUGCUACAGAGGGUCACCCUCUAUUUACACCAGUUGUGCCCUAUUUGACGCUUAUUCCAUCGGAAUUCUACUACUACCCCUGGACGCUCCUCACCGCAACUUUUGUUGAGCAGAACAUCUUUACGGUGCUCUUGAACGCGGCCACCCUGUUCUAUGGGGGCAAGUACCUAGAGCGCGCGUGGGGUUCUCGAGAAUUUGCGAAAUUUAUUUUGACCAUCGCAGUCAUCCCAAAUGUGGCGGUUGUUCCCCUUUAUCUUUUGGGGACUGCCAUCAGGGGUGGUUCGACUAGCGGCUUAACGCAGAGCGUAACCCAAAUCUGCGGUGGCAUAUCGAUUCAAGCUUCCUUUCUUGUGGCCUUUAAGCAGCUUGUUCCCGAGCAUACCGUUACAAUCUUCAAGGGCCUGGUCAAGAUGCGGGUGAAACAUUUUCCUGCGCUCUUCUUAUUGCUGAACACGAUCAGUGGGACAGUGCUUGGGACACAUAUUGCGGCGACACUCGCUUGGCUUGGCCUUGUGACAAGUUGGACGUACCUCCGAUUCUUCAAACGGCAGCCAGACCUGACCGGCACAUCUACCAACGGAUUAGGCAUAAAGGGAGACGCUAGUGAGACGUUCGCAUUCGCAUGUCUCUUCCCAGACGUAAUCCAACCUCCGAUCUCGUUUGUUUCAGAGCAAGUCUACGCUUUGCUGGUUGCAUUAAAGGUUUGCACUCCAUUCUCAGAGGAGGAUAUUGCUUCGGGCAACCAACAAGUUCUGGCACGGGGGGAGGCCGGCCUCCCUAGUCUCCUUAACAACCAGAGAGGCGGAAUGAGGGGGGCCGCUAAGCGUGAGGAGGCGGAGCGGAGACGUGCUUUGGCCCUCAAGGCUUUGGACCAAAGGCUUCAGGCGGCAGCAGUUGGGAGGGCACACUCCCCAUCCCCGCUGAAUCAGCAAGGAUCAAGCCAAACACAGACUGCAACACCGACCGUAGCAGCAGGCCAGGGCAUGCUGGGCGAGACGAGCUAUACGCCGGACCAUGCCUAAAAUGGAAAGGCACUGUGCACUUCGUAGUUAUUCGGGAGUUUUUUGGUAUGGUUAGGAACGACUCGUGUCUGUUGGCCUGCUACUUUUGAGCGUGGAAUUUGAAUAUCCAGACCGUGUAAGGCUUGAUGGGAAAGGCUAUGUUUCGAUGUGGCAUUUUUUCGACUUGUAUUUGGAUGUAUAAAAUAAGCCCGGUGGGCCAAGGCUCGUUGCUUCUUCGCUUUGAUGAUAUCCUGAUAAUACAUCUAUCCCAUAAAAUCACACGGAAAAAGCUAAGCCAUUAUU